CCGCGAAGGCAGCAGGGGCGGUUGAGAAGCGAAGUCUUGGCCCGAGUUUGCUUCUUGCCAGGAAAUCCGCGGCGGUGGCGGCGAUUCCCCGCGAAGCAGAGGCCGGCUAGCUCCGCACUCCCUCAGCGGGCCGCGGCGAGCGGAGCUGGGCUGUGCUGCGACGCCGGGAGCCGGCGCGCGCCCCGGGCAGCCGCGCUUUCCCAAUGGUGAGAACAGAGCAAUGAACAAGGCAAGUGGGAUCCCUGUUCGUAUGGAGUUUACAUGCUGGGGGGCAGGAGGAGAGAGAAACGAUAAACAGAAUUGGGAAUACAAGAGAUAAAGAAAAUACUAUCUUUACCCUCAAAGAAGUGAGAAGACAGAUAAGCAAGCAUGCAAAUGCAGGAGUUGUUGAAAUGAAGGUUCUUUCUUCACCAAGAACUUGGCAAUAAAAUCGGACCUGUUUUUAGUCAAAUACAUCACUGUCUUUUAAAGGCAACCAAACCUUAAGUGGAAGUCUAACAUAUGAAGAUAGAGAAACUGCUUCAGUUGAUUCAAAAUGGGAACAACAAGUGAUGAGAUGGUCUCUGUGGAGCAGACCUCCUCCUCCUCCUUCAAUCCUCUGUGUUUUGAGUGUGGCCAGCAGCACUGGACAAGAGAAAACCACUUAUACAAUUACCAGAAUGAAGUGGACGACGACCUGGUCUGCCAUAUCUGCCUUCAGCCUCUGUUGCAGCCACUAGAUACUCCCUGUGGACACACAUUCUGCUGCAAGUGCCUCAGAAACUUCUUACAAGAGAAAGAUUUCUGUCCACUGGACCGGAAGAGACUUCACUUCAAGCUAUGUAAGAAGUCUAGUAUUCUAGUUCAUAAACUUCUGGACAAAUUAUUAGUUUUAUGUCCAUUUUCUUCAGUGUGCCAAGAUGUAAUGCAACGCUGUGAUCUGGAGGCACAUCUUAAAAACAGAUGUCCUGGAGCUUCUCAUCGGAGAGCUGCCCUAGAGAGAAGGAAAACUAGUAAAACUCAGACAGAGAUUGAGAAUGAAAAUGGAACCACUAUAAUAGAUCUCCCAGGUACCCUAUCAGUCGAAACGGACUGUUCAGGGGCAGGCGCAGUGCCCGCCGAGCGGAGCUCGACAUCAGCAUCUCUCCCCGCGUGGACUGAGGAGCCUGGCCUGGACAACCCUGCUUUUGAGGAGAGCACUGUUGCCGACACAGCUGCGCAACAGCCACUUAGUUUACCAGAAGGCGAAAUUACCACCAUUGAAAUUCACCGGUCUAAUCCUUAUAUUCAGUUAGGAAUUAGCAUUGUGGGUGGCAAUGAAACGCCACUGAUUAACAUUGUUAUCCAGGAAGUCUAUCGGGAUGGGAUAAUCGCCAGAGAUGGAAGACUCCUUGCUGGAGACCAGAUUCUUCAGGUCAACAACUAUGAUAUCAGCAAUGUGUCCCAUAACUAUGCCAGAGCUGUCCUUUCCCAGCCCUGCAGCACACUGCAUCUCACUGUGCUUCGAGAGAGACGCUUUGGCAACCGAGCGUACAGCCAUUCUGAUAGAGAAGAGAUUUUCCACGUGGUUCUUCAUAAACGGGACUCUGGUGAACAGCUUGGCAUUAAACUCGUACGAAGGACUGAUGAGCCAGGUGUUUUUAUUCUUGACCUGUUGGAAGGCGGGCUGGCUGCACAGGAUGGGAGGCUCAACAGCAACGACCGAGUGCUUGCCAUCAACGGACAUGACCUGAAGCAUGGGACACCUGAGCUUGCCGCCCAGAUUAUUCAGGCUAGUGGAGAGAGGGUGAAUUUAACAAUUGCUAGACCAGGGAAACCUCAGCCUGGUAACACUAUGCGAGAAGCGGGAACUCAGAGCAGCAGCCAGCACCACGCACAGCCACUGUAUCACAGCAGACCCAGCUCACAUAAGGAUCUUACCCAGUGUGUUACAUGCCAGGAAAAACACAUCACUGUAAAGAAGGAACCACAUGAGUCCCUUGGAAUGACAGUAGCUGGGGGCAGAGGAAGUAAGAGUGGUGAAUUGCCCAUCUUUGUGACUAGUGUGCCACCUCAUGGCUGCCUUGCCCGCGAUGGCAGAAUCAAGAGAGGUGAUAUAUUGUUGAAUAUCAAUGGCAUUGAUUUGACCAAUUUAAGUCACAGUGAGGCUGUUGCUAUGCUGAAAGCCAGUGCUGCGUCCCCCGCUGUUGCCCUGAAAGCACUUGAGGUCCAGAUUGUUGAGGAGGCAGCCCAGACCUCGGAUGAGCAGCCCAACACCUUCAGUGAGAAUGAGUAUGAUGCCAGUUGGUCCCCAUCAUGGGUCAUGUGGCUUGGGCUUCCAAGUGCCCUUCAUAGCUGCCAUGAUAUAGUUUUACGAAGAAGCUACUUGGGAAGUUGGGGCUUUAGUAUUGUUGGUGGAUAUGAAGAGAACCACACCAAUCAGCCUUUCUUCAUUAAAACUAUUGUCUUGGGAACUCCUGCUUAUUAUGAUGGAAGAUUAAAGUGUGGAGAUAUGAUCGUGGCCGUGAACGGCCUGUCAACUGUGGGCAUGAGCCAUUCCGCAUUAGUCCCCAUGUUGAAGGAGCAGAGGAACAAAGUCACUCUGACGGUUAUUUGCUGGCCUGGCAGCCUGGUGUAAAUUUUGAAAUUGGUUUUGAGUCAAACAUCUUCCUUUUUUAGGUUUUGGAAAGAAAACCCUUUAGUUUUAUUGUGUUUCUGGUUGUUAGGAGCUACUGACACAGCUGGUAUAUGCAGGGCCAAAAACCACUAAGACUGUCCUUUUGUUAUUAUUUAAAUGGUUUUCCUCAAGUUAGCCACAUUUCUUUCAGGUUGGAAACAGUCUUCCACUAACCCUUGUGAAUUCAUAUUUUCAGAAUUCAGACUCUCAGUGGUCAGAAUGUGACCUAUCAUAAUGAAUGAAGUCUGCCCAAACUGUGACCCAGCCAGCUGGCUAGAGGACUUCUGUUGGUUCUUUGUUUUCAAUAACUGAAUCAUAAAAUGUGUUACACAUGCCCCAAGACUGGUAGCAGUGAAGCCAGUAGUGAUAGCAUUUGCUGCCACUGUUGCAGCCAGUGCCAUGAAUGGAUACAUUUUAGAUUUGGACGAUAACCCUUUCCCAUUCUUCAUCGGUGCCAACAUUUCAAAACUUCGUACUGUUUAUGAAGUGAUUUUUCUGGCUUAUUUUAUUUCUACUUUAAUCCCUCAGUACUCCUAAAUGAUGAAGAUACAAGUCUGACAUUACUAAAGAGAUUUUUUUAAAAUAAUGUACCAUUAUUAGAAUAGUAGAGAAUAAAAGAUGAUGUUACCCAGUGACAAAGGAAUUUGGGAGGUAAUUAUAGUUUAGUACUGGAGAUGGUAAAAGCUGCAUUUACUUGAACAGUCCAAAAGCAUUAAGAUUCAUUUCCAAAGGAAUGUUUUGUUAUAUAGGAAAAUUUUGAAGCAGUCUUUGCUAAAAAUCAUUUUCUAGAGUUUGUAUUAUACUUAUCAGCACACUUGGCUGGAAAUGUUUUUGUGAUUUAUGCAAUUAAGCUAGAUGUUAAAGAUAAAACUACAUUGCUGUUAAAUACUCAUAUAUAUCACAGCUAAGUAGAAGAAGGUAGGCCAUUUUUAUUUUAUUCUGAUACGAGUCUUGAAUGUUUUAGAAACCCUUAUUUUUCCCCCAUUAUUUCUUUACUUACAAACCUUAAUGAUUUCAAGAAAAAGUCUGAAAAGUUCUUUCUUUUUUAUUUGAAAUAGUAGGUUUUAGGUGUGUUUUAAUCAAUGUUAAUCAGUUCUUGGUCGCUAGACUAUUUCAUAUUUUUUUAAAUGUUUUUGAAAGCUACAACCAGCCCUUUUUGUGUGUCCUUUAUUCAACAUGGUUGUCCUUUGGAAGAACACAUAAAGAAGCAAAUAAGAGAAAAAUAUCUUUACCCUAUUAAUAUUAUGCAUACUUGAAAAAAGUUUCACUUAGAAACCUAGUUCAGAAUAUGAGCUAAUUUACAAGUGACCUUUGUGAUAAAUGAUAUGAUUAUUAGAGAAUGUAUUUCAAAAUACUGCAGUAUAUUAUGAAGCAUGACCACUUUAUUUUCAAACAUAGCAAUUGCAUUGCUGGGGUUUAUUGUAUCUGUAGCAUGUCACUGAUUAUUCCAUUUAGUUUGAUAAUGAUUUUUUUUAAACAUAGCUCUUUUGAAUAAAUAAGAAAUGGCAACAAUAAUUGUUACUGACUUGUUCAACCCCUUAGCUACACUGUAUGGUCAACAGAUAACCAAGAUACAGUGGGAUGCCCCAUACAGUAUAUUACUGUUAUGUGAUGAUUGGCUUUGGAAGCAAUUUGAUAUUGAAAUGCUUUGAUAUUCUAAUUGACACGGAACAAGUUGUUUUCCUGCUCCCCAAAUAGAAGUUUGUAACCUACUUUGCUAUUUUUUUUACACAUUUUGUAAGAAUGCAUCAUUUCCUGGGGAGUGGCCAUCCAUCAACAAAUAUCCUAAUUGCUACUUUGUUAUAUAUAAAAUACUUACAUUGAACCUGGUGGUAGAAUAAGUAUUUUGAGAGAAGAAAUUUUUUUCAAUAUUAUUUGUAUCAUGGAAAUCUUGAAAUCAGCUUAAACUAAUUUGGUUUUAUUAAAAGACUCUAGCUUUUGGUCAGAAUGAUAUUUGGUGAUGGAAACUUGUUCAUAAUUUAUUGUUACUGUUGAAAUAUUUGGAUUUUCUCAUUUGAAGCUUAAAUAUUUUGAUUUGUUCUGUGCCUUCAGUUUAAAUUAUUUCAGGAUUUUUCAGAUGUGUUUAAAUAAUAAUGUGAUAAUCAUUCGGGAUGGAAAUAAAAGUCAUCCUUUCCAUAACA